AUGGAGUUCAAAGUGCUUACCGGAAACAACACUUUGGCAAUUCUCCUAAAACAAAUCGGGAAUCCGUCGUUCCUUUGUAUUUUAGGAAGUCGAUUACUCUUCAACUUGAAGGAAGCGGGAAAGCUAGGCAUAAACGAAGGGACCAACUAUCGCAUUAAAACCUUGAGCAACAUCGAAUUUGAGCAGCCAGCUGGGAGCGAAGGGUCUCCUACUGACAAUAUUUGCGCCACUGCAGAGCACAUGAGCCUUACUGCAUCUAUACUACAGGUUUCCUCUGUGUAA